AGAGCAGUGCUUACGGGCUAGCUAGCGGUCCUGUGAUGUUACUCUUCCUCGUUUGGAACCUGAGGCUGGAGGCGUCUAUGGGGGGAGGAAGGACUCUUCUCUUUGCACCUGCUGUGUCAGGGUAAGGAGUCCCACCUGAGACGGCAGAAGGGCUCUUGGUUGAACCUGUGGGCCGGGGGCUCAUGGUUGGGCAGAAGUCUGAGGCGGUGCACCCCUGUGUCACUGGGGUAACUAGAAGGCUGUAGCUGGGCGAUGGCAGAGGGCCGGUGCGCUCUGAGGAGAGCUGCCCCAUGCUGUUGAGCCUCAAAGAGGCUGGAAGACGACGGCCAGACCUGCACUCUGCUGAUGGCUGGAAGGGGGAAGACCCCUUACGAGGUUUGGUUGGAAGGCUGAACCUGACUCACCCAUCCCCUGCAGGAGGCUGCGUACCACCAGCAGGAAGAGGGAAAACCAAGGCACGGGCCUGGGAUUUUGAUGCCGGAGAGCGACAAGCCACACCUGGCCAUGUGGCACUUCUGUCUCCCGUCAUCUCCUCUUGGGCCCAUGUGACUCUGGCACCAUUGCAGCCGUUUUCAGUGUCCAAGCAUCCGUCAGUGAAAGUUUGAUGGAGAAUCGGUCGGAUGACAGCAGGAACUGUUGUUAUCACCGGCGGAAUACUAGCGACUGUGAUCCUACUGUGUAUUAUUGCUGUGCUCUGCUAUUGUAGGCUACAGUAUUAUUGCUGCAAGAAAGAUGAGUCUGCUGAGGAAGAGGAAGAGGAGGAGGAGGAGGAGGAAGAGCCGGAUCUUCCCGCCCACUCGCACCUUACGACCUGCAAUGCCUGCAACGCUCGCGUCGUGGAUGGGCAGGGCAGCCCUGCGCCCCCACCCCAUGAAAUUAACCAGCAUGGCGCUCGGAACUACUGCCCGACCUGUUCCCCCUACGGCUCGCCCUUUUACAUACGGACCGCCGACAUGGUGCGGAACGGUGGCGAGAGAGUCACCUACACGCCCACAUGCUGCCAGGAAAGAGGGCCGCCCAUCAAAAUGGCAACCCUCCAGCGUUACCCGAUGACCCGUCAUGGCACUGUCCGCGAGGCCUUUCUGAACCCGAGGGCUAUUAGUACAGACGUGUAAUCACCGUUGUCCUGGUCUCACAGGGUGCGCCAACGAGAUGGCCACUGAGGGUUGGGAGUUUCCAUUUCUUUCCGUGGGAUUUCUUGCAACAGAGAGGAACCCUUGAAUGAACGGGGACAGCUAAGUAAGAGACCCAGCAUGGUCCUGGGUUGACCUGGGUCCAGAUCAUUGUAAGCUUCUGUGGGACAUUUGAAUGAAGAGGUUGGACGUGGUGAUUUCUGAACCCGUAAUAAGUAUAGUAAUUAUUAUUCCACUGUAUCUAUUGAAGGGAUUUGUCUAAUGAGGGCUAUGUACAGUACGAACUAACUUAAUUAUUUAGACUCUUCUGACUCUCCAGACUCUCUUAAGUCCUUAAUGAGGUCUUUCGUGUCUAGACCAACCAAACUCUGCUUGUCACUUUCCAAGGCAAUACCACUGGUCUCGUGUUGAUGAAAUGAGCACAGGCAGAAGAGCGUGGAGGCAUUCUGGGAGCUGUCAGCUCCAGCAGCGACUGUGGCAUUAGAAAGGAGGAAGAGAGAGAGAGGGAGGGUGAAGAUCUAGCCAAGUUGCGAGGCAUUCUCACACUCUUGCUUGACGAAAGCGAACGGAGAAGCAAAUAAAUGAAUUGUUUGAUCGUUUUGUUCCCUUCACAUCCUAUUAGCUGCAACUGAGCACUGGUGUCUGUCUUAGAAUGUAAAACAGAAUAACCUCUCCCUGGCUACUUUAGAUAAUUCCUGGGGGGAGGGAUGGGUGGGGGGAGAGGAAAGGGACUAGUGAAAUUACUGACAUGUGCUCACAAUGCAGAUGAUGCUCCUGCUGCUGCCAGAAAAAAAAAUCCUUUUAUCUUCACAGGCUUUUUUUUAGGCGUGACUUUAAUUUAGUUUAGAGGCAUUAAAAAGCGCAAGAUUUUAUUGAAAAAUUGUUCCAUAAAGAACUAAAAGCUCUCAGUGUGCAAAGCCCUGUGCCAUCUUCCGGGGAACGGCGACGUAUUCUUUUUAGGACUAACUCUGUUUACGACAGUUGCAGUAGGGGAGGUCUAGGUUGGAUACCAGGAAAAACUAUUUCACUAGGAGGGGGUAAAGCGCUGGGAUGGGUUCCCUAGGG